AUGAACCCGAUGAGGAUGUUGGCGCUGCCUCUGCUCGUCACUUUACUGCACAGUCCUGUCUCCAUGUCGGUGACAGUGAGCAGCAGUCAACCCAAAGUGGAGGUCCACGAGCACACAGAUGCGAUGCUCGCCUGUGAGUUCAGGACAGAGAAAGAUCAGAACCCCCGAAUCGAGUGGAAGAAGAAAGGAAAAGGGGUGACAUUCGUGUUCUUUAAUCACACAUUCACCGAUUCUUAUGCUGGACGAGCGAAUAUGGAAGGAGCGACGCUGACGAUGCACGCCGUCACUCAGAAAGACUCGGGGGAAUACCGCUGUGAGGUGACGGCCAGCGAGGACCACGUCAACCUCGGGGAAGCCACCGUGACCCUCAACGUGCUUGUGCCUCCUCACGUCCCGUCCUGCGAGGUGCCGAGCUCCGUGUUUGUGGGCUCGGGCCUGGAGCUCCUCUGUAAGGACAAACUCAGUGUGCCUCCUGCCACCUACCGCUGGUACAAAGACAACAAGGCUCUGGCGGCCGUGGCAGAUACUCAAUACAGCGUGGACGCAAACAAGGGCACACUGAGGUUUAAGAGCGUGUCCAAGACGGACACGGGGAUGUACCGCUGUGAGUCCUCCAACAGCGUGGGGGCGCCCAAGAGCUGCGUGGGCCAACAACUGAAAGUUAUUGAAUAUCCUUUGAAUAUGACCAUUUUGAUAGCAGGUGCUGCGGGUUUUCUGACGCUCGUCCUUUUCUGCUGCAUCUGUGUGUGUGUCUGCCGACGCCGAGGCUGCUGCAGGCAAGACAAGAAAACCAAAAGCAGCAAGUCCUACAACCCUCCUCCUCCUCCUCCUCCCAUCCGCAACGUGAGUGAUCGGAGGGAUCAGUAUCGUGCCGGGGCUUGUUUUGCCAUUCAAUUCCGUUAA